CCACCAAAAUCGUAAAUGGAAGGCGCUGUAAACGACAGUUCGGUUACAAGUGAAUCGAUAGAAGAAUCAAAAUUUGCUGGUGUUGUUUUCCACAAUAUUCAAGAAAUAUAUCUACCCGGAAAAGAUAUACGUUGUUGUUAUUCCAUCAAACCGUCUGUCUUGGCGACAGCAAACGACUGGAUAGGGCUCUACAAAGUCGGCUGGCAGUCUCCAAAGGAAUAUUUAUGCUACGAAUACUCCCCAGUCAUCGAAAAGAGUGCCGAACGUACUUCGUCUAUUUCGUCCAGUGCAUCUUUGUCGACACAAAAUUCAGUAGUGUUUCUCGGCAGCAAGCUGCCCUCAGAAGAAUGUGAAUUCUAUCAGUUUUGUUAUGUUACAAGCAGCGGGGAGAUUCGCGGGGCCAGCUAUCCGUUUCAGAUCAGUUUUUCUAAGCCAGGCGAACUAGAGUGCAGCGAGGAAGAAGACGAAAGCGGCGAAACAUUAUUGAUUGUUAAAAAUCGCACAACUUUGCUCGAAGAUUCGCUUGCAAAAGCUUACGACGAAAAUUCUAGAUUGAAAGCUUCGAAAGAAAAAUUCGAAGAUGAUUGUCUCAAGUUUCAGGAUAUGAUUCUGCAGUUGGAGGCAAGAAAAAGCGAUCUGGUUUCUCAAAAUGAAAAACAGAAAAAGUUGCUGGAAAAAGUGAACUCUGAGAAAACUUUUUUUGAGGAAUCGUUUAAGGAGACAGUCGAGCAGCUGAAGAGUUCUCAGAGUGCUUUGAAGUUGGCAAACGAAAAAACGGAAGAAGUUCAAAAGCAGCUGGAUCAUGAACGACUAUGCCAUGUCCAAACAACUUCAGAGCAGCAGAAGUUUGAAGAAGAAAGAUCACAGCUCCUACAUGUAAUUUCCCAAAGAGAUGGCACAAUCCAAAACUUUUUGGACAGUAUUGAGGAAAAUAGUUGCAAGGCUGCAACUUUGGAAUGUGAAAUUCAGAAAAUAAAAAGUGAGAAAGAAGCUGUGCUGGAAGAUUACGAUAAGCUUGUUGUUGAAAACAUCAAGACCAAUGAUUCUCUGGUCAAAUCAAAUCAAGCACAUGCAGCCUUGGAAAAAUCUGUGGCUGAACAAUGUGAACAAGUUUAUCAAUUACAAGCUGAGAAUUUGGUGAUGAAAGAUGAAUUGGCUGCCACUCAGAAAGAGCUGGAGGAUAUGUCCCAAUCAUUUGGCAAUAAACAAUCAUCCAUUGCUCAAGAACUUUGUAAGUAUGAAACCCAAAUUGAAUUGGUUACAUCACAGUUAGAAGGCUCCCAGAAAGAGUUGUCUGCCACCAAGGAGAAACUUGAUGAUGCCCUUUCAGUCCUAGAAAAGGAGCGAAAAGUUAAUCAAGAACAAGUCCAAGAAUAUGAGGGGUCCAUUUUGAAGAUACAAAAUCAGCUGGACCAAGAGAGAGCUUUCAACAACUCAUUGUGUUCUGCAUCUGAUCGCCAAGUUGGUGAACUUCAAGAACAAUUGAAUGUUCAAUUGCAAUUGAAUUCUUCAGCUUUGAAGCAGACUGAAAAGCAAACUCAAGAAAUUAAACAUCUAGAAGAGAAAAUAACUGUAAAAGAGAAUGAAAUUGAAAGAAUGAAACUUGAAAUGGAGAACUAUGCACAGGAAUUGGAAUCUAUUAAAAAGCUGGAAAACGGAAGUUCGCAGUUAAAUGCAGAUGCCAGCAAGGCUGAAGGAAAUAUCGCUUUGGAGGGAUCAUACUUUGCUUUAAAAACAGCCCAUGAGCAACUGAGAAAGCAGUACAUACAGGCCAAGAAAGAUAUGGAAAAUGUCUGGCGUCAAAAAGCUGAUUUGAAGCGACAGCUUGCUACUAUUCAAUCUGAAAUGCCUGAAUCUGACCUGCGAUUCCAAAUGGCUAACCUAAAAAAGCAAAUUGAAGACCUUCGUAUACGACUGAAUAUGGGAGCUGAAGCAUACAAGACAAAGUUUAAAGAGUGUCAGAAGUAUGAAAAGCAACUCAAGAAAGUUCAAAAAGUCCCCAGUUGUCAGAAAACAACACAAAGUCCAUCAUCGAUGGCAGAGUUUGAGAUUCAAAAUCUUAAACAGACACUUGAGAACGAAAAGACAACUGCAGCCACCCUGAAGAAAUCUUUGGAAAACUAUAAGGAGGAAACACACAAUGCAAGAGAAGAAUUGUCAACGAUUAAAAAAGAAAAAGAAUUCUUGCAACGACAAGUCGCCACUCUCGAAAAAGAAGUUUGCAUCGGCAAUGAAGAAACACAAAAGCGUCUGGUUGAAGAUAAAGAGCUCCAAUCCCACAUUGAAUGUCUCCACAAUCAGUUGGAGGCAAAGUGCAAUGCCCUAAUUGAUAUUGAAGAGAAGUACAAGGCAUUAACUGAGAACAACGAAGGUGUGAUUGCACCAUUAAGUGACGAGAAUGAAAAACUUCAGCGUGCCCUUGAAGAUGCAUCCAAUCAAAAUGAUUCGAUAGUGAUGGAGAUGCAAGCUGAGAGAAUUAAAUGGAAACAGCAGAUGGAGAAGCAGAAUGCACUUAUAGAAGAACUGAAAAGAAAAAUUGGUGUUGAUUGUGUUGCUUCGCAAGACGACGCAAACAAAGACAAUGUAUUUGAGUCGACCAUAGUGGAGAAGACUAGCCGAGGACCCCCUUCGACCUCGAUUCAACCUGAGCAUCAGUGUCCUAUCUGUGAAAUUUUUUAUCCACCCCACUGCGCGCAGAAGGACUUUGAAGAACACGUUCGUUCACAUUUUGAUGAUUAGUGAUAGGUACGUAAGAAUGGAAUAAAAA